CCCGGCAUGCACUGCGCGGCGCCCGGCGCCGGGACUCUGCCCAGCCCGCAGCGGGAGCGGAGCUCGGCCGGGCCGGGCCCGCUGCAGAAGCCCCGCCCGGGGGGGCCAUGGCCGAGCGGGCCGCUGCCCAGCAGGCUCCUGGUGUUCCCAAACAAACUCCUGUGAAUGAAGCCCCUCAUCACACUACAGAGAUCUCCUUGUGGACAGUAGUGGCUGCCAUCCAAGCUGUGGAGAGGAAGGUGAAUUCCCAUGCCACACGAUUACUGAAUUUGGAGGAGAGAACAGGGACAACUGAGAAGAAGUUAACAGAUUGCGAGAAGACAGCGAUGGAAUUUGGUAACCAGCUGGAGAGUAAAUGGACUAUUUUGGGAACUCUGAUCCAGGAGAAUAACUUCCUGCAAAGAAGGCUGGAGAACAUGGAGAACCUGCUGAGAAACAGGAACUUCUGGAUCUUAAGACUGCCCCCAGGCACUAAGGGAGAAGUCCCCAAGGUGCCGGUGACUUUUGAUGACAUUUCAGUCUAUUUUAAUGAGCAGGAGUGGGAGAACUUAGAGGAAUGGCAGAAAGAGCUUUACAAGAACGUUAUGAAGGGGAACUAUGAGACCCUGAUCUCUCUGGCAUUGAGCAUUCCAUCCUGUACUGGCUCUGACCUAUCAACUCCCCUUCUAUGUGGUGACUCCCGGGCUCUUCUGCUGGGAAGCACGCUCGACCUCCACAAGAAAUGGUAUCUUUUUACAGGAUCCUUACUAGACUACGCUGUUUCUAAGCCAGACAUUCUGUUCCGCAUUGAACGAGGGGAGCAGCCGUGUGUCAGGGAUCGGUGGGAAUCCCUGGAAGGAUUGGAGGAAAGAAUCCAGAAGAAGGAAGGGCUGGUGGAAAGAGAAAUCCCUGUGGACCCCAGCACAGGCCAUGCCAUUUCCAACCCUGAUAUCCUGCCCCAGGCUGAAGGAGGGGAGGAGCUGUGCAUCAGGGGCCAGAGGGGUUCGGCGGACAGAGCAAUUCCCCUGGAGCCCAGCACAGUUUCCACAUCUGACACUUUAACCUGGAUCAAACAAGAGGAAGAGCUGGAUGCUGGGGACCAUCAGGAAUUGGGGGAAGGAAGAAUUCUCUCAGGCUCCAGCAUGGCAAAUUAUGAUACAGCAAGCAAAGAGGAGGAGAAGCCCGAGAAGGGACGUCUGAAAAAGUUAGAACCACACAGGAUUUUCUUGGUGAAAUCAGAAGAGGAGGUUAUGCAGAACCUACAGCAGGGAGCGGCUGCACAGCUGGCUAACCCUGCAGUCAUCAGAGUGGAGCAAUCAACCCAGUGUGGCCGAGACUUCGGCCUACUCAAGGGCUUUGUGGUGCAGCCGGGAGAGAAGCCCUUUGCCUGUGGUGAGUGCAGGAAGAGCUUCCGGCUGAAGGGGAAUUUGGUCAAGCACCUGCGGAGCCAUGCAAAGGUGCGGCCCUACAAAUGCACGGAGUGCGAGAAGAGCUUCAACUGCCAAUCAGACCUGCUGCGACACCAAAUGAUUCACCGUGGGGAGAAGCCCUACAAGUGCACCGAGUGCGAGAAGAGCUACAGCCGCAAGGUGUAUCUGCUCAACCACCAGCGUGUGCACACGGGGGAGCGGCCCUUCCAGUGCAUGGUGUGUGAGAAAAGCUUCCGGCAGAAGGCCGUGCUCAUUUCCCACCAGCGCCUGCACACUGGUGAGUGCCCGUACAAGUGCACCCAGUGCGACAACAGCUUCAGUGAGAAGUCCAAGCUCAACAACCACUACCGCAUCCACACGGGAGAGUGGCCCUACAAAUGCACCAAGUGUGACAAGAGCUACAGCCGCAAGGUGUACCUGCUCAACCACCAGCGCCUACACACCGGCGAGCGGCCCUUCCAGUGCACUGAGUGCAGCAAGAACUUCAUGCUCAAGACGAGCUUCAUGAAGCACCAAAGAAAUCACACAGGCGUGCGGCCCUACAAAUGCACCGAGUGUGAGAAGAGCUUCAACUGCCAGUCAGAGCUGCUGCGACACCAGAUGAUUCACCGUGGGGAGAAGCCCUACAAGUGCACCGAGUGCGAGAAGAGCUACAGCCGCAAGGUGUAUCUGCUCAACCACCAGCGUGUGCACACGGGGGAGCGGCCCUUCCAGUGCACAGUGUGCGAGAAAAGCUUCCGGCAGAAGGCCGUGCUCAUCUCCCAUCAGCGCCUGCACACUGGCGAGCGCCCGUACAAGUGCAGCGAGUGCAGUAAGAGCUUCACUCAGCAGUCCAAGCUGACCAACCACUACCGCAUCCACACAGGUGAGCGCCCCUACAAGUGCACCCAGUGCGACAACAGCUUCAGCGAGAAGUCCAAGCUCAACAACCACUACCGCAUCCACACGGGAGAGCGGCCCUACAAGUGCACCGAGUGCGAGAAGAGCUAUUGCCGCAAGGAGUACCUGCUCAACCACCAGCGCCUGCACACCGGCGAGCGGCCCUUCCAGUGCACUGAGUGCAGCAAGAGCUUCAUGCUCAAGAGGAGCUUCAUGAAGCACCAAAGAAAUCACAUGGAAGAGAGACUCCACCAGGGCAGCCCAGCUGCUAAAAGCCAAGGCGGGUCUGUCAGCCAUCAGGGUAACGACUCGGGCGAAGGGCUGAAGCGCCACACUGAGGGCAGGGAAAGCUUCACGGGGAAGCAUGAGCUAGAGACACACCAGCAGGUCCAUGUCAGGGAGCAGCCACAUCAGUGUGGCACAUGUGGGAAAAGCUUCCAAUACGAGGAAUCUCUCAAAGAACAUCAGACUCUCCACAGCGCAGAGCAAGGGCAUCCGGAGGUUUCUCGAAGCCCCGGACAGGGAGCAGAGGCUGGACUCCUGAUUGUAAAGAUGGAAGGUAGCCAGUGGAGUUAACGUACAGCAGGUGCAUUAGUCAGACGAAAGGCAAGAAGACGAGUUGAAACUUCUAUGGUUUAGAGAGAGCUUCAGUCCAUCAGAUCAGUGUGUGUGUCUGAGCCCCUGGAGGAGAGGUGGAAACCUAGCCAGUGGGCUUCCUUCCAUUCCCCCACCUGAAAGGGGAACCAGGGACACUAGCUGGGGAGGAUUCUUCUCUCUCAACUGAAAAUGCAGCAAGGGCGCCGUGGGGACACGCAGGGGAACCAACUUCUGCUUGGGAAACAUCCCCACACGACGGCAGGUGGACGGCACCAGGAGAGGAAGAAGUCGGAGGGACGUGAAUGAGUGGGAAUCGAAGGGGGAUGGGCACGCUGUUUGGAAGGCCUGCUGCUGGGCAUCACUGGGCAAGACUGAAUUGCAAUUGCUUGGGAUAUAAGCUGACAUCUCAAGUUCAGCGCCAUGGCCCACGUCCAACAAUCGUUUGAAGUCUGGUCUGCUCCUAUUACUAAUGCGACCCUUGCUUUAGCCUUCACUCACCUGGAGGACAUCGGAGUUCUGUGACUCCAGCAGAAGAGGGACUCAGGAAUAAAAAAAAAAACAAAAAAACCCUGAACAAAUGGGGAACACAUGGGAAAUGAGUAGGGAGGGAGCCUAGAAUGAUUUGUAUAGUGGGGUAUAAUGAGAUCCAUUGAACCAAACUGUAAACUCUUUAUAUGAUGGAAACCUUUUCAAGCCAGGGAUGCGGCAGCAUCCCUACUUCCUACACCUAUGUUAGUAGGUAAAUCCAAAGAGAUGUUUUCCCAGACUCCUGACACAGGAAUUAUCUGGGCAGGUCACCAUCCUGGAGCUUUUCACUUGGGCAGGUGGGGAGCAUAUGUGUGGGGUAUAUUUGUUUUUUUUUUGUUUGUUUUUUUGUUUUUUUAUCAUGUAACGUACAGAUCUGAUCAUGACUUUUAAAACCUAAAGGUAACACUGUCACCUCCUCUUUCAGAGUGAGAAGGUGGUUGUUCCGACCAACAUUUCCUCAGCCAUUUCAGGGUUUCUCCCUGAAGCUUUUAUUUUGAUGUACAUACUAUAAUUUGCAUUUCCGCUGUUUUUCUUCUUUUGUAUGACAGGCGUAGAGCAGCAACUACAAUUUCACUUGAAGUUGAUGGAUCCAAAUGGCUACAUCAGGAGUAGCAGAAUUUAUUGCAGUAAUGCCUCCUUCAUAUUUAUAAAUUAGGCAGUAGGUAGUGAUAUGUUCGAUGGUCUGUCGUGGGGAACCACACUCACACGUCAGGGAGUCCUUGAUUUUCCAUUUGUGCAUUAGAUAUCCGCAUCUACCGUGAUUGGUUCAAAUUUGGUUUAGAAUUGAUCAAGAUGACCGUGGAGGGUCAAACCCAGGAACCUUCUGCAUGGGAUCUGGCACAAGGUGCUUAUUUUUUAAGUCUUGUUUAGCCCAAUCUGCUUUCCAAGCUUCCUUCUGAUCAUAACCGGAUUGCAUGAGGCUAAACGAAUGUUCCCAGAGAGACUUGCGGGACUUAAGACGUUGUGGGGGGCUGUCAUGGAGUCCCCGGGCGAUGCUCUGGAACUGCUCCCUAUGAAGCCAGUCAGGGCUCUGGGGAAGUCUCCUUUCUGUGAGCAGACUGUCUUCAGGACACACAGCUCACACAGCUUCCACCUUCCUGGGUCUGACCUCGGAGCAUUCAGCAUCCUCUGCCCUUCCAUGCGCUUCCCACAGUGAGUCCGCCCAGGCGGGCUCCUGAGGAAGCCAGAGGGUCCUGCCCCCCAACUCCGCAGUCAGACGUGACUCUCAGCCAGCCAGUAAAACGGAAGGUUUAUUAGACGACAGGAGCAUGGUCUAAAACAGAGCUUGUAGGUGCAGAGAACAGGACCCCUCAGCUGGGUCCAUUUGGCAGGUGAGCCAGACAACCACGUCUGCACUUCACUCCACGUCCCCAGCCAGCCCCAAACUGAAACUUUCUCCUGCCCCUCCUCCUCUGGGCUUUGUCCCUUUCCUGGGCCAGGAGGUCACCUAAUUCCUUUGUUCUCCAACCCUUUAGUUCUCACCUUGCAGGGGGGGAAGGCCCAGGCCAUCAGUUGCCAGGAAACGGUGUUGGUCAUUCUCUGUGUCCAGACCCCUGCACAUACCUGCCCUCUAGGGCUCUGCAACGAUCAAACGCUAUUAUCCCACCACCUAGAUACUUAAGAACUGCAUAGGGGAAACUGAGGCACCCCCGCAAUAUUCAGAGGAAACAUUAAGAACAGUCCCACUUCGUCACAGGGGCAUUGUCAAGGUCUUGGUGAAUAGGAAGGCAUCUGUUUUCCUGGAUUUGCUGAGCUUCAUGGAAUGUUGCAGCCGUUCAGCAUAUCGGGAGAGCGAUGUCAGACAGGACAGCUAGCCAUGGUGUUGGAGUUGCCUUAAGGGUUCCUGUGAUUCACCGCAUCGCUGUAUUUAGCUGAAUAUCCACAAGCUGUGUGUGGCUGCAUGCUCCAUACUGGUGCACAGUAUUCAGCUACUGAAUAUACAAGUGCUAUUGCAGAGGUUCACAACACUGAUGCUGAUGGACCCCAGGUUGUACCUGCUAGUUUCUGGAUUAUGUUAGCUCUCGGUUUGAUCUUUCCAGCUACCUUCUCAAGAUGAUCAUGGAAGGGGAGGGUGUGGUCAAGUUUCAUUCCCAGAUAUGUUGGAGUGUAAUCAUGGUUGCACAUUUUUACCACAGAAAGCUACUUUCAGUGUGUUUUUGGCACUCUUAUUAUCAAGAUGAAAUGCGCUUACUAUUGUUUUUCCUGGGUUUGGCUUGAGUCUCCAUUUCCAGAAAUAUUGUUCCAUAUUGUAGAGGUUCUCAGUUAAUGCUUUCUCAAUGUCGUGGAGGUUUGAUGCUUGGAUUGUCAAGGUCAUCUGCAUAUCCAAAUUUUUGUGAUUUAGUUGGAGGCAUGUAAUUUAUGUAAAUAUUAAAAAGGGUUGGCACAAGUACAGAGCCUUGUGGUAACCCAUUGUUUAUGCUACAGGGUGAGCUGGUCUUAUUACCCAGUAGGCUCCUGUUACUCAGCAUGGUCUGCAACAGGCAAAGUGUUUGGUAGCAAGGAAUAAUUUUAACAAGUUUCAGCAUCAGGCCCUUAAUCCAUACACUAUCAUACACACAUGACAGGUCAGCAAAUACUGUGCCAGUCUUGAGGUUUUUUUGAUAGCCAGACUCAAUGUGAGUUGUGAGUACCAGAACUUAGUCACAACUGCAUUUUGGCCGGAAGUCUGCCUGUUUGACAGGGAUAAUUGGCUCAGUAAAAGGGCAUAUUCUUUUGAGGUUGAUACGUUCAAGAAGUUUACAGGUUACACAUAGUGGAGAAAUUGGCCUAUAGUUUCCUGCUUCAUCAGGGGGCUUUCCAGGCUUUGGAAUGGCAAUUACCAUUCCCUCAUGCCAUAUUUCAGGGAUCCGUACUGUCCUUAAGGUAGUGGAGUACAACGUUGCUAGCCACUGGAGUCCUUUGGGACCGAGACGGAGAAAUUCUGGCGGAAUACCGUCAGGGCCUGCAGUCUUCCCCUUUUUCAUUGCAGCAAGUCCUUUUACUUCCUCAGUGCUGACAGUGGAAGGUCCUUGGGGGAUGGAUGCAAGUGUUGGGUAGAGUUCUUGAAACACUUCUCUUCUUGUGUGUUUAUCAAGUGGUCCUUUUGUGUUCUCCACCAGUUUGGAAGCUAUUAAGUUUGGCCAGAUUUUCGGUGGCCUGUACUCUGUGGGAUUAGCGGCCCCAAGACGUCGUAAUAGUGUCCAGGCUCAACAACUUGAAUGUGUAAAAUCAAGGUUUUGCAUGCAGUCAAGCCAGCGCUGGCGUCUUGCUGUGUCAAGGGAGUGUAGAGGGCUUUUGCAAUACGAGAGCCCUGGUCUGAUUGUACUGCCAGAGCAUCUCCUGCGUCUCUCUCAUCUGGCAGGGAGUGAGCUUUCUCUGGAAGUCUCAAGGAAUGUUCUUUCCUGCUACUUUCAAGAGGCCUGUGAACCGUUGCUGUGACCAGCAUUCUGGUCUCGCUGGAAUCCUUGCAACAGUUUUCUCAACGGUCUGUUUGUAGACAUCCUAAUCCGCUUUAGCAAAAUUCCAUCGUGGUACCUGUUUCGGAAAGAACACGGGAAUUUUGAUGCCUACGUAGAUCAUUAUAGGCCUGUGUUGGCUGUUUGGAAAUGCGGAUAAUACUUCCCAUGUUGUGGUAAGAGUAUUACCACAUUGGUCUUUAGACAUGAAUGUUAGGUCUGGAUUGUACCCACAUUGCCAGCAGCUUGAAUGGAAUGUUGAUUGUUGUUUUAGUUCGUAGAUUAGUUGCAAGUCUUGUGCAGAUGUCCAGUCCAUGAGAUCUUUGCAAUCGGUUUCAUUUGUUUUAUAGCCCCACAUAGUGUGGUGACAAUUAAAAUCACCUGCAUAGAUGCCUGGAAUAGGAGAGCUGGGUAGUGCUGAUUUUGGCCAUCUUGUGCUUGGGGCUUUAUAGACGUUGGUAAUGUGGAGCUCCCCUACUUUGAUAGUUGUGGUAAAUGUGGUCUCAUCUUUGGUUGGUGGAAUAACAUUAAAAUCUGUGACGGUGUCCUUGAUGUAUAUUGCCAACCCAUAUUUAGGAUGAUGAUGGCUAGCUGUUAAGUUGUAUCCCUAGAUACGGUAGCGCCUAGCCUGUUGUUUGUUGCCAACGUGGGUCUCUUGCAACAUGAGGACAUCUAUGUUCUAAAUCUUCAGCAAGAUUCCAAGAUACUUGCAUUUUGCCCAUGAGACUCCCUCCAUGUUAAGUUGCAGGAUUCUUAUUCCAGGGCCUAUUUGGCACGUUGUAUGGCCCUGAGGAGGAACUUUAGGAUUUGUUGAGUUGCUGCUCUGAUGACCAGAAGAUCGCUGAGUUGAUGGCAUUCAUUGUGAAUGCUUACUUAGCAGAGUGGGCCCCGUGAAGGCUUCCAUCUUCCACUCCACUGUCCACUGUUAACCAAGGUUUAACAGAGCCUCUUGAGUGAGCCCAGCAAUAGGAACACGUACCGUUACAUCGCAGUGAGCUUGCAGUUACCUGCUACAGUGUUCAGGAUAUUCUAAGUAUCAUCAAUAAGGAAAUCACACUUUUAACAUGGACCCUAUUGUAAUGUGUAGAGUCAGGCAGUAGGAUGAAAGCUCCUGUUGCUUUCUGCUUUCAGCUAGAGCGCUCCGCCUGAUUAUUUUUUAAUCCUACUCCCAUUCCGCCCUGCAAUACCCACUGCUAUUUCCACCUGCUCCUGUGUUGUUUCUUGCAUUUUUAUUCUGCUUCUACCCUGGAAAACCUUCGAUCCUGCAAGAGAGAGAGAUUCCCCCAUGGAACU